CAUAUUCAUUUGAGAAAGUGCGUGCACUGCAGUCCUCGUUGUAGCAUAGCACUAGCAAGUCUUCAACUCUCGAAUUUGGUGAAGAAAGAGAGAUAAAAAGCGUGCAAAAAUGGGAGGUGGAAUGGAAGCAUCAAAGAACAAAUUCAUAGAAGAAUGGGGAUCUGCUAGAGAAAAUCUUGAGCACAAUUUUCGUUGGACUCGUCGUAAUUUUGCUCUUAUCGGAAUCUUCGGCAUUGCUAUUCCCAUCUUUGUUUACAAGGGAAUCGUCAAAGAAUUCCACAUGCAAGACGAGGAUGCUGGGAGACCAUACAGGAAGUUUCUUUGAGUGUUGCUGAUAUCUUAAGUAAUAAUGGUGUUUAAAACAGAAUUAUGUUGUGCUAAGACACCAGGAUAAUUGCUUUUCAGUUUUUUGGACAUUUCUGUUUUUUGUUUUGCCCUGUAGAUCUGUAUGAACCUACUUUGAACUGUUUUAACAUUAUCGGUGAAGUGUCCGAAUGUUCUAUUGUCA